AUGUACCAGUAUGAUCGGCUCUAUGCUGGGCUCUCCUGCCUGGCUAUGGGCGACACUCAGGCUGUGGAACUUGCUCAGACUUGCCAUCUCGGAUUAUGUUUGCAACACGGUAUCGUGAGCCAGGACAACCUGUUGGGAAUGAAGCUCCCGGUGCCCAGAUCUAAGACGGGCUGUGGACUCGUCAUUGACGACUUUGUGUCUUACUCCAUCGAGUCCCGGUCCCCGUUUGAGGUCGGACAGUCUGGGACAGCCGGUGCUCAACUUGCAGAUGCGGCUCACGCGGCCUACUCCCAAGUCAAGCUCAUUCCCCAUGAAGAAAAAGCUGUUCGUGAUUGCCUCAGGUGCGAAAUGUGGGGCGCUCUUAUCGAAGGGGAACCUGGCUUACUGCGCGGGUCACUCAAACGAGCUGCUCCACUGCGCAAAAUCAUCUGCGAAGUCCUGAGCAUAGGAGCCGUCACGGUGGGCCUCCUUGAGAUUGUGGCGGGAGGCCUUAUUGCACUUUUUGUUCUGCGACGUCGGCUCAUGUCACUGUUAAACAUCAUCUUUCGAGAAAUGAAAGGCCGUUUCCAGAAUGAAGCCUUCACUAUCUGCCCAGAGCUACGUGAAGAACUUCUGUUGGUGUUAGGGCUAGUCACGACUGCCGUUGUGGAGCUUAGGUCGAGCUACUCGCCGAAGGUCUACAUGGUCGAUGCUUCUGAUUGGGGCGAGGCCGUCUGCUCCACCUUUGUGGGGACUGCUCUCUCGAAAGAGAUUUCUCGUCAUGCUCUCCGAAAAGGAAUUUGGACGCGGCUCUUGAGCCCUUCUCUGGCUCGCGAGCGGAGCCACGGAUGUUUAAGCCCCGCUGAAGAAGUGCCUGGUGGCCCGGAUUUUUGCUAUCGUGCGCAUCCUCUCUGGGUCAAGCUGGCUAAGGCCUGCGAUUUCGGAGUUGAAUGGUCCAGGCGGGCUUCUAAACGGCGGCACAUCAACAUCGGUGAGCUGCGGGCUUAUCUGAAGGCCGAGCGUCUGGGAAAAAUCCCCGGACACCCUACGCGAAGCUGCGUGGGAGGAGACUCUCAAGUUACCUUGGGAGCAGCGCUUAAAGGGAGGUCAGCAAGCCCAUCACUCAACCAGGAGUUGCAGCAAUCCCUGCCUCACGUCAUUGGGCUGGGGCUUUACAACUAUGCGCUUUAUUGCCCCACAUCUGUGAACCCGGCCGACCAUCCAACCCGAGGGAGUGACAUUCCUCCUCCUGACGAAGGAAGGCCGUGCUGGUGGGCAUCAGCGCUGGAGGGGAACUUUGCGGACCUUGACAGGAAGGCAAGCGGCAUCAGCUACACAUCCGAAGAGAACGAGAUGCUCGGCAUGAUUGUCGCCUGGUCCCCCGGCUACCUAGACCUGUUUGCGGGAAAAGGAGGUGUAGCUCGUGAGCUUGCACGGCUGACAGGACUGCUGCUCUGCCGCUUGGGGUCCCUCGCCUCACCGAGGAACAACAGAGCAAGGUGUGGGCUUUUGGGUGCUCGAUUUUUGUGCAUUCGGGACCCCUUGGAGGAAGCGCACACGGUCGUGGUUGCACAGAUUGAGCUGGACAAAAAUCGCCGAGCCUUUUCCUUCAAGGGUCAGUCUGAUCCUUGCGAUGGCGCUGUCUGGCCUAAGCGGCUCACUGCGGCGGACCGCGCCGCCAACCGAGCCGGGGUCAUUUUGUCUGAAGUUCCGUUAGUUGGAGCUACGACAGAGAAGCUGGAAAAACGGCUGUGGGAAGGCUUCUUGGAAUGGAUUGGUGAAAAUUGCAGCUCGCAAGCUGCCGCUUCUUUGUGCGAGGCUGCCGUUACCAUUGCAGUCUUGCUCAAGUUGUACGGCGAACACCUCUUCUCUGUUGGAGCUCCUCUCAGCUCGUUCCGACAUUUGAUCACCUAUGCCCAGCGUUCCUAUCCGGACUUUCGCUUGCAUUCAAAAGUAUGCUGGGAAUAUGUCACAAGGUGGGAGCUCGUGGAGCCGCUCAUCCACAGAGUUCCCCUUCCUGUGAAGCUCUGCGAGGCGAUGGCGGCCGUAGCGUUCAGCGGCGGCAAACAACAGCAUGUCACCAUUCAGCAUCCUGAAGUGGUUGCCGCGUGUGAGACAGUGUUUGGCCGGGCCAAGACUUCGGAGCCGCUCUCUUCUCUUUCUGCCCAAACGUUCAGAAGGAGAUGGGACGCUGUCUUGGAGGCGCUGCAUGUACCUAAGAGUGUGAACCUCACACCGGGCAGCGUCCGUGGGGGUGGAGCAGUACAUGCUUAUCAAUCGGGAGUUCCAGUGCAAGACCUUCUCUGGAAGAUGAGGAUUCGGCAUGUGCACACCCUCCAACAUUAUUUGCAAGAGAUGGCAGCAGAGCAUGUCAUCGGACAUUUGCCAGGGCCUUCCAAGGUUUCUGUUCGAGCAGCUUCCUCUUGCCUUUCUCUUUUCCUUCGCGCUUUGUGA